GCACGGUGUGAGCGCGGUGGGGUUUCGCGUUGGAGAUGCAGAAAGAAAGGGUAGUUUCAAGGAAGUGACGGACCAAUAUCGGGGGACUGGUCAGAGGAAGUUUGUUCGUCCAUGGUACUGGGCUGCCGACUGCCGUACGAAACUUUUCUCUUGUGGAUACUAGCGGCGCCGUGGAUUGGUACAGGCGGCAGAUAGAGCGGUGGAGAAGGCGCUUUUUUCCUUUUGGUACAAUCGAGGACGCAGCGAGAAAACGGGAAUCAUACAAGAAUUUCACUAACCACAGCCUAAAGCCCUUCUCCCUGUCUCUUCCCCGCGCCUUUCUCUGAUUUUGUCUGAGAUCCGCGAUGGGGAAGGAGCAGGAGCUACUCGAAGCGGCUCGCACGGGAAAUCUGGCCGCCGUGGAGAAGCUUUUAUCGGGGAAGAGGCAGUCUGCUGGCGCUAGCGGUGGAUCCUCUGGCACCGGGGGAAGCGGCAACAGCGGCACCUCUUCUCACACGCUCUCCAGUCUGCUUAGCAUCUGGAGAGGCCCCAACGUGAACUGCGUUGACAGCACCGGCUACACUCCCCUGCACCACGCAGCUCUCAAUGGACACAGCGAGGUGGUGGAGGCUCUGCUUAGGAACGAGGCCUUGACCAAUAUCGCCGACAAUAAGGGCUGCUACCCGCUGCACCUGGCCGCCUGGAAGGGAGAUCAGCAGAUAGUACGGAUGCUAAUACACCAGGGCCCCUCACACCCCAAGCUCAAUGAACAGAGCUGUGUAGAGCAAAAAGAGUUCAAGCGCUGUGGGCCCUUUGACCCCUAUAUUAACGCCAAGAACAAUGACAACGAGACCCCUCUACACUGCGCUGCCCAGUACGGACACACGCAGGUGGUCCGGCUGCUUUUAGAGGAGCUGACCGACCCCACCAUGAGGAACAAUAAGUUUGAGACCCCCCUGGACCUGGCGGCACUGUACGGCCGUUUGGAGGUGGUCCGUCUGCUGCUCAGUGCCCACCCCAACCUGCUCAGCUGUAACACCAAAAAGCACACACCUCUGCACCUGGCCUCACGCAACGGACACCUGCCCGUGGUGGAGGUGCUGCUGGACGCCGGCAUGGACAUCAACUAUGAGACGGAGAAAGGCAGUGCCCUACAUGAAGCGGCCUUAUUUGGAAAGACUGAUGUUGUACAGAAGCUCCUUACAGCAGGUAUCGACGUGAACAUGGUGGACCAGAAAGGACUGACGGCACUGGACAUCGUCAAGGGCAUGCCCUCACAGAAAAGCAGAGAGAUCGCUGCUCUAAUACAAGGUCACAUGUUGGGAAAACCUCCAGAUAUAGAUCUCCCCCCUCCACCAAUCCCCCCACCUCAAGAGAUCCCCAGCCCCAGGAAAAUAAGCGAGUUGGAGAAGGUGAGUGAGCUGAUCUCUGGGCUGGCCCCAGGACCAGAGGAGGAGUGUCCGUACGAGGCGCUGUUUGAAGCCACUUCCUGUCACUCUCUGGACAGUCUGACCAGCGGCAAGUCCUCUGACCGGGACUCAGGACGGCCCGACAGUGAGGCUGGGAAGAAAGAUCGAGUUGGCACUUUGUCUCAUCCUGGGGCUGGUCACGAGGAGGAGGUCAGCUCAGAGGCCCUGUACACUAACAGCAGUAUAGACGAGAGAGGAGAGCAGGGUGAAGAAGAUGAGGACCAUACUUAUGAAUUAUUACUAACCGCUCAGACCAAAGUCCCUCCAAGUCAAGAUUCACUGCCACCUAAAGACGAUUCUAUGAGUACACUACAGUCUUCCAAUAAUGUCCUACCUCAGCGUAAACCCAGUGUCCCCAACAACAUGAAAGCCCCCUGCAGGAUGAAAGAGAGCCUACACCCUCCUGCUCGGCUCAGCUCACGGCUGCCAGGAGACCCAAGCCAAAACCAAGGAGCAGGAUUCCCAGAACAAUUCACCGGCCUCCUUCACGGAUCAUCUCCCGUCUUUGAUUGCCGAGAGGAGCCGUUCAGAAUCCCAGGUGCGGCAUCGACCAAUCAGAGCCAAUCUCCAAAACCCAACCAGGAAGUGUCCGUAGCAUCUCCUUCAUCAUCAUCAUCGCCGAACCGUCCCAAUAUGGCGGCUAUCCUGACAGACUGUGAUCCCAAAGCUAUUUAUGCCACUGUGAACAAGGAACCAAAAGACUCCGGAGCUGCCUGUCGGACGCGCCCUCCUGGAGAUCUAAAACUGGCCAGGAGUCUAUCCAAAUCGGACUCGGAUCUCCUGGUGUCACCACCGAAUGAAGAGGAUGGAGCACUGGCCAACCGCAGUGAGUCUGUGUCAAACUGUAGCACGGGCAAGAAGAGGCUGGAGAAGUCCCCCUCCUUCACCUCGGAAUGGGACGAGACACAGACUGCACCACUUACCACACAACCAGAGAGUCCUGAUUCUGUUGACCCUAUCGAGAAGAUCAUGACACUGAUUGGUGCAGGCAUUGAUUUUUCCAGAGAUCAGCAGUACGCCUCCCCAGGUGCAGGCCGCCUCCUGGAGCAGCCGGUGGGAGACUGGCUGGAGCACGUGGGGCUGCCCCAGUACGAGAGCAAACUGCUGCUCAAUGGCUUCGAUGACCUGCACUACAUGGGGAGCAAUGUCAUGGAGGACCAGGACUUGAGGGAGAUUGGAAUCACAGACGCGAGCCACCGCAAGAAAAUCCUCCAUGCUGCGCGGUCAUUACCAAAGGUGAAAGCAUUUGGUUGCGAUGGCAGCUGCUCCCUCUCAUCAUGGCUGGAGAACCUGGGUCUUCAGGAGUACUUGCCGAACUUCCUGUCGAGUGGAUAUCGCACUUUAGACUGUGUCAAAAACUUGUGGGAACUGGAGAUUGUCAAUGUUUUAAAGAUCACAUUAUUGGGUCAUAGGAAACGUAUCAUCGCGUCUUUAGCAGAACGACCAUAUGAGGAGCCUCCUGUCAAACCUCCACGUCUCUCUCAGAUCAGGUGCAUUGACCUGCCAGGUUCCCAGUCUUCUUCUCCUCUCAGUCAAUUGGACUUGUACAGCGGACACUCCAUGGAUCCUCUGCUGCCACCUGGAGACAGGAAGAAAAGUUUAGAGGCAGAGUACGAGGUUCCACAACGACAUCGGCAAAGAAUACAGGAGAGACAAGAGGAGCGGUAUCAGGAGCCUCGUUUAACACUACGGCCACCGAGCCUGGCAGCACCAUACGCUCCUGUGCAGAACUGGCAUCAUCAACCCGAGAAACUCAUAUUUGAAUCCUGUGCCUACGAAGCCAGUUACCUGGGUUCCAUGCUUAUUAAAGAGCUACGGGGUACAGAGUCAACCCAGGAUGCAUGUGCCAAAAUGAGGAGAUCAACAGAGCAAUUAAGAAAAGUGCCAACCAUCGUCCUCUCAAUAACAUACAAGGGAGUCAAAUUUAUUGAUGCAGCCAAUAAGAACAUCAUUGCAGAACAUGAGAUCAGAAAUAUCUCGUGUGCAGCGCAGGACCCAGAGGAUCUGUGCACGUUUGCCUACAUCACAAAAGACCUGCAGACCAACCACCACUACUGCCACGUGUUCAGCACUGUAGAUGUGAACCUGACCUAUGAGAUUAUCCUGACACUGGGCCAGGCGUUUGAAGUGGCCUAUCAGCUCGCUCUUCAGGCACAACGGACCAAACAGCACCAAAACAUCCCUGUGGCCUCUACCGCCGAGAUUGUAGAAACCAAGUCCACUCGACCUGUGCCAAAACCAAGAGGCAGUGUUCGCAGAUCUGCAGACUCCCCUCCUCUCGACAGUCGCUGCUGUUACUGUUGCACCUGCUCUUCCUCCCUCCGCCCUUCCGCUCUGCCGCUGCCCUCUGCCUCUUCUGCCUCCUCUGCAGCUCAGGGAGAUCAUCUGGACCAGGAGGGAGAUUCACAGUCCCAAAGCAGCUCCACAUGGCUGGUCGACCCCAAGGAGUCCAAACGCACUAUUAGCACUAACUGAGCUCUGGCCGCUCCCACACAGAUUGAGCCUGGUUCAGUGGACGUAGGGCAUUUGUGGAACAGUAACCCACUUCUGCAGAGGAGCAUUUCAGCGCUGAGACAAGAGGAGCCUCAUCACUCCACAUGAACUUGAUCAAUGGACAACAGUCAAAAUAAUAUGUUCAGUGUAUGCUUUCUAACAAACUCAUUUGAAUUGAGGAUGUACAAACAGGUUUUUAAUUCAAAACCUGGGAAAGAGGAAGUGGCAAUAAACAGAGGUGUUUCAGUACAAAUAAUGUAGCAGAGAAAAAGUGAACAGCAUGGUACGUGAAUUAAACUGUCCUGCAUCUGUUGCAUAUCCUAUGAGCAGAACCAUGUUGUUUGGUGUAACACAUCAUGUAACUGUGAUCUCUCAUGUACUAUUGCACACACUCUGAGGACAAUGGGCAGAAGAACUGACACUACAGACUGUUUUUAUCUGAGACAGGGUGGCUUUUAUUUGAUUUACAAAAGUUUUGUAUAUUUUAAUUGUUUAUAUGACAAUAGUCUGUCCCAAAGCAGAAACUGGAUCAGGUGUGGUACACUGCAGUUCUUCCCUCCCUGCUCCUUUAGAUUUUCUAAACAAAGCUAAUCACUAAACCUGCCAUGCAGGCUGGUACAACAAUAGGCUACGAUGUCUCCAGUUUGUCGACUGUUAAAUGUACUUCUGAUCAGCUGAUGUGUUUAUGGUACAAAUACUGUAGUGACGCGAUACAUAGGCCAGUAUAACAAAGGCUUACACUGGCACCAUCAGCCUGGUCACAUUUAGCUUUUGCACAUUGCUAAAAAGCUGGAGAUGUUUGGGACUAGUCUGGUGAUAUCAGAUGAAUAUUGUAAAUGAUUAUAGUGCUCUGUAUUUUGAUACUUGAAUGAUUUUUAUUUUAUAGAUAUCUAUAUGUAUAUGUUAUGUAUGUAAUUUUUGACAUUUGUCAAAAAAAGAGAAAAGGACUAUGUCAUAACAGAGUUAAACAUAUCGUGAAUAAAUACCCUGUGAUUAAAUAAGGCUGAGGAACGUGACUCAGCAGAGGGACCUCACAUAAAGAGAUUGUACAUAUCUUGGGCUUCCAGUCUUUUUUAUGAUUAUUUUCAUAAUUGUACAAUGAUUAAAUGGCUCAAGUAAUUUG